AUGCUGAAGGACAGGCGCCCCAGGGAGCCGAUCUGGGCACCAGGUUUAAAUUUGAGCAGUUUGCUAUUCUUGUGGGUGUCGCCAUUUGUGAGGGCAGCAGCCAACCGGGCCGAUCUGCACGGCAGUGAUUUGCCACCCCUUCCACAAGGCCUUGAUCCUGCACGCUGUUCACAGCGAUUGUGGGAUCAAUGGGUUUGGGAGGUCGAGAAUGAUAAAAGGAAUGACCUGAGGGAUGGAUGCAAUGGACCCUCAUUGUUGAAGGCACUUGUGAAGGCUUUCGGGGUGCCCUUCUUUUCCCUGGGGUUGUUAAAGCUGGUCAACGAUUCUCUCAACUUUUCUGGCCCUCUUCUUCUCCAAGCUGUUAUCAAAUGGCUUCAGGAGCCCAUCACCAUGCAAGAUGGGGUCUCAGGAUCUUUGGGGCCGAAACCAUUAUCAGGACUUUAUUUGGUUGCCCUCAUGGGCUUCAUUUCAAUAUUGAAAGCACUGACCAACAGUCAACAAAGAUAUGCUACGGACUGGAUUUCCUCCCAGCUUCGUGCAGCCCUGAUCUGUACCACGUACAGGAAGGUGCUGCUGGCACCGAACGGGUGCAUGGGAAUGAAUUUGCAGACACUCGUGUCUGUAGAUGCAGGCAGGGUCGCCAACUUGUGUGCCAGUGUCCAUGAGCUGUGGAGCCUCCCUCUCCAAAUCGCUGUCGCUCUUUAUCUUCUGCAUCUUCAGGUCAGCUAUGGACUGCUGUCAGGUCUUGCCAUCGUGGUUGCUCUUAUGCCGCUCAACCGAUGGCUAGCGCUCAGAAUUCAGGCCGUGAAUGAGGCAAUGCUGGAGGCAACAGACAGGCGAGUGCACCUGAUGGGCGAGGUCGUCAGGGGCAUGAGGCAGAUCAAGAUGAUGACAUGGGAGGCUACUUUUGAGAAUUGGGUCACGAGGGCCAGGUGCAAGGAAAUGGAUUCACUGUCUUCCAUCAAAUAUCUGGACGCCUUGUGCGUGUUCUUCUGGGCGGCAACGUCUGUCCUGUUUUCGGUGGCAACCUUUGGACUGUGCGUGCUCAUGGGGCACCCGCUGACGGCCGCCAAUGUCUUUCCCUCCAUCUUCCUAUUCAACAUCCUGCGCCACCCUCUCAACGCGCUGCCCUGCGCCAUAAAUGGUGUUGUGGAGGCCAUGUCGUCCCUCAGUAGGCUUCAGAGCUUCUUCGUGAUGCCUGACGUCCAGGGCGACUGGGCUUUUGGCAACACUGCGUGCACCACGAGCGACGCCGCUAACGGCAAAAUCCCAGACGCCGCGGGUGACUCACCUGGCGCUCCUCCGCCCAAGGAGGAACGCGUCGCAGCAGUCACGUUCGUUGGAGCUUCAUUUGCCCAUUUUGGGAAUUUGGACGACUCAGCUGCAAAAGCUGAGGACGGUCGGCCGGCGACGUCUCUGGCGAACAUCAACCUCGCCUUUCGGAAGGGGACCCUGACGGUAGUGUUGGGUGACGUGGGCUCCGGAAAGAGCUCCCUGCUAGCCGCCAUUCUGGGGGAGAGCUCCAUGCUGAGCGGCGGGCGAGAGGUGAACGGCACGCUGGCGUACGUCGCCCAGAAUCCCAGCUGUUGGAUCAUCUCGGGGAGCAUCCGAGACAAUGUGUUGCUGGGCGCUGAGUUCGAGCAGCGUCGAUAUGACGAAGCGCUGUGGGCCUGCGCGUUGGACCACGACGUCGAUGAGAUGGGGGGCGAUUCGGUCGACGUGGGCGUGCAUGGUGCCAAGCUGUCCGGCGGCCAGCGUGCGAGAUUGGCCCUUGCACGCGCCCUCUAUCAAGACAGAGACGUCUACGUGUUGGACGACGUCCUCUCUGCGGUGGACGCACACGUGUCGCAGUGGAUCGUCCAAAGGGCAAUAACGGGGCCGCUGAUGUCGUCGAAGACGCGCAUCGUCGUGACCAAAUCGGCUCAGUGCAUCGCCGCUGCGGACGCCGUCCUGAGACUGCACAAGGGCCGUCUGACCAGCGUCGCGCACUGCGCGUCACCCGCACCAGGAAAGGAAGGCGGCCAGGACGGUGAAGAUGGCGCAGACGUUGGGAAUGAGCAUGACGACUCUGAGGAGCGAACAAGGCAGCGAUCAUCGGCAAGGAUUGAUUGCCAUCAUGCAUACGGUGGAGAAGACGGUUCGCUGCUGUCCGCAGCAGAGAAAGACGUCGGCGUCAGUGUGACAGACGACAAAGAGGGGGAUCCUGGCGAUGCGAUGACGGGAUCCGUGAGCUGGGCGGUCUACCUGGCGUACCUCAGGGCUGCCGGACUCGGGACGGUCGCCGUGGUGGCCGCAAGUCUGGCGCUGACUCAGACUACGAGCAACGGGGCGGACGUCUGGAUGGCGCGCUGGGUGGACGCCAACGAGCGCCUGCCGGGCUCCACGGGGGCGCAGCUCAGCAGCUACCUUGGGUGCAUGUUCUUCGCCUGGGCCGGCGCCAGCUUGGUGUUCACGCUGUUGCGAGCCUUCUCGUUCGCGCGAGCGGGCCUGCAGGCCACACGCCGCAUGCACCGCAGCCUGCUCGGCAACCUGUUCACGCUGCCGGCGUCUUUCUUCGACGGCACGCCAACCGGCCGGAUCCUGUGCCGAUUCUCCACGGACCUUGCCCGCCUGGACUUCGACGUCCCUUUCGUCGCCAACAUCUUCGUCGGCGUGCUCUUCUCCCUAAUGGGCAUGGGCGCCGUCCUGCUCUACGGCCAGCCGUCCCUCGUCCUCGCGCUGGCCAGCGCGGCCCUCUUCUGGAAGCGCCUCGCGCCCGUCCAGUCACCUCUGGACUGGUACCAGUGGCACAGGCGGCUGUGCAGGGACGCCAAGCGGCUGGAGAGCGCCUCCCUGUCGCCGGUCCUGUCGUCGCUGUCCGAGUGCGCGGAGGGGGCGGCGACCAUUCGGGCGUUCGGCGCCCAGGGGCACUUCGUGCGGAGGUACGAGCUGCUGUGCGGCGCGCACCAGCGGGCGGUGCACAUGGGGAUGGGCGCCCAGCUGUGGAUGUCGCUGCGCAUGGACGUCGUGGCGAACGCGCUGACGCUGUUGGUGGUGCUGGCGACGGUGGCGGGCGGCAAUGGCUCGGCAAGCGCGGGCUUUCUGGGCUUGAGCAUGACAUACACCGUUCCGCUCAUUCGAUUGCUCCGGGAACUCGUCAGCACGUUCGCGGACAUCGAGCAGGGCAUGGUGUCUGUGGAGCGCAUCGUGCAGUACGCCGGGCUCAAGGGAGAAGAGGAACUCAGUCCGGACUCGAGGGCGCUGCGGCCGGACGCCGAUUCCUCGGCGGCGGCCGUCCGCUUCUCCGACGUGCACCUGCAGUACGGCCCCCAGGGCGCCCGCGCCCUGAGGGGCCUUUCCAUGGACGUCCAGGCGCGGCGCAAGGUCGUCAUCUGCGGCAGGACGGGCGCGGGCAAGAGCAGCGUCGUGAACGCGCUGCUGCGCCUGGCGGACAUGCAGUCAGGCAGCGUGGCCGUCGACGGGGUGGACGUCUGCGACGCGAGGCUAGAGGACCUGCGGCGGUGCGUGGCUGUGCUCCCGCAGACGCCGUUUGUGUUCGAGGGCAGCCUGCGCAGCAACGUGGACCCCGAGGGGAGGUACGGCGAUGAAGACAUCGGGCGGGCGCUGGAGGAGGUGGGUCUGGCGAGGGAGCUGUCCGCGAAGCCGCGUGGGGGCGGCGGGGGAGCAGAGGCGGCAGGCCGUGACGUCAGGAACGCCCCUGGCGACACCAACCUCCGACACAUCCUCAACUUCCGCCUGGGACGCGGGGGCCAGGGCAUCUCCGAGGGCCAAAAGCAACUGCUGUGCUUCGCGCGCCUGAUGCUCGCCCGCCCGCGAGUGGUCGUCUUCGACGAGCACACUGCCAGCGUCGACGCCGCCACCGCGGCCAAGAUGUCGGACCUGGCUGAGCGCCACCUGGCGGAUGCGACGGUGAUUCAGAUUGCCCACGAUCUGGAGUGUGUGAGGCGCUGCGACCGCGUGUUCGUGAUGGCCGACGGGGCAGUGGUGGAGCAGGGCGCGCCGGCCGAGCUGUUGAGGGACGCGGGGUCUAGGCUGUCGGGAAUGUUCAAGGCACUGCGGUAG